AUGCGUUUUACGUCACUUGCGCGUUCGAUUAUUAAUACUGCUACUAUUUCAAAAAUUUCUCGAACAAUUUCUAUUACAAGUAAACCAUCAAUUAUAUCAGAACCAACAUUAUCUUAUUCUAAUAGCGCACUUGUUAUAUCAUUGAUAUUACCAUCACGUCAAGAAACAUGUCGAUUUCAUCUGAAUUUACAAACAGCUACAGUUGGUCAACUUAUCAAUGAAAUACAACAAGAAGAUGCAGGUAUUGAACAUAUACAUAUAUGUGAUGAAAAAGGACAUCUAUUAUCGAAGUCAUAUACAAUUAAGUCUCUUAUGCAAUCAUCAUUUACAAUACAAUUAAAUCAACAAAAAACAUUUCUUUUUGAUCCAAUUAAUAAAUUACAAGUAAAAGAUGCUAUGAUGAGGCUAACAAAAACUGAUGGACCAUCAACAGAAGAUACCGUAGCAGCACUUUAUUAUGCAUUAAAUGUAAUGAAAGUUUAUCAUGAAAAAUAUAUUGAAUUAAAAAAUGAAGCAAAUACUUUAACAACACAACUUGAACCCUUAGAAAAAGUUAAAAAUAAAUUAGCUCAUAUAUGUCAACGUUAUACAGCACGUUGUGUAUGGUAUGGUCUAGCUGCAAUGUCUUUUCAAGUUGGUAUCUUAGCUGAACUUACAUGGGAUGUUUAUUCAUGGGAUAUUGUAGAACCUAUUUCUUAUUUUAUUGCAUAUGGAACUGUAAUGGCAAUCUAUGCAUUCCAUCUAAUGACACGUGCUGAUUUCGAAUAUAUAACAAUGUCUGAUCGUCUUUUUCUACGUCGAUUUUAUCGUGAAGCUAGUCGUCAUUCAUUUGAUAUAUCUUUAUAUAAUCGUCUAAAAAAUCGUCUUUUUAUUGUUCAUACUGAUUUAGCACGUUUACAAGCUCCAUUAUCCUUAUCAUUACCUGUUGCGCCUCAUCCAUUUAGAUGUAAAAUUAGUGGUGAAGAAUUAAGUCCGUUAGAUCUGUAUCGCACUAGACAUUAUAAACAGUGA